AUCACAUCCCUUUCUCACUACAAUCAUCAGAGCUGAAGCGGGGCUUGAGCACUUUGGCAAUUAGAUGGAUGAAACUAUCAAAGAAAGAGAAAAUGCCAAAACAAAAAACAAUAAUAGGUGCUCCUUUGUCUCACAGUGAUUCCAGAGAUUCCACCAUGUCCCUUCUCGUGUCUGCAAGUUCCAUGCAAGACAAAUCCAAGCUACUUUCCGUUCUCUCGCCGCAAAAACAAGCAUUCCAAAACUAAUCUCUCUCUCUCUCUCCCUUUCCCUCUCACUCUCACAUGACAUGACAUGCCUGACGCAAUAUGGAAUCCAAUAUGAACUUUCUGGGGUGGUUCCUUUUCCUCGUAUGAGUUGUUUGUCAUGUGUUUUGCAUGUGAAGACCCCCAGAUUUGCAAACGCACAACAUGGAUCCAUAACUAAUCAAUUUGGGAAAGGAAAGACAACAAAGACCAAAUAUUUUCUGUCACCGUGACCCGGAAAGAGUGGAGUGAAGAUUCAGUGGUGAGACGGAGAUGGCUACAGGGUGUCAGAGAAUUGUCUUGGGUAUCUUGGUUGCCAUGUCUGGGACACUUGACUCGUGUAUUAGUUCUGCAGAAGCAGGACUACUACAGAGUGAGAGUGCAAAUGGAGGGAAGGGGAAGAAACAAGAGCAAGAGAAGUGUGACAUGUAUAAAGGGCGUUGGGUGUAUGACACUUCUUACCCUCUGUAUGACCCCUCGGCCUGUCCUUUCAUUCGCAAGGAGUUCGACUGCUUCAAGUACGGCCGACCCGAUCGGCUCUACCUUAACUACAGAUGGCAGCCCAAAGACUGUGACUUGCCUAGAUUUGAUGCUCAAGGUUUCCUAAGAAGGUUUCAGGGCAAGAAGAUUAUGUACAUUGGAGACUCCUUAAGCCUCAACAACUGGCAAUCUUUAAUAUGCUUGCUUCAUGCUGGCGUGCCGAAUUCGAGCAUCUUGCAGGAGACGGAGGGCUCGAUUUCUAAAGUCACAUUCCAGGAUUAUGGAGUAUCCGUAAUGCUAUUUCACUCUCUAUACCUGGUUGACAUUGAAGUGGAAAGCAUUGGUAGAGUCUUGAAGCUAGAUUCGCUUAAGAGCGGCGGUAUAUGGAAGGACAUGGAUGUGUUGAUCUUCAAUACUUGGCAAUGGUGGAACCGGAGAGGAGAUAAGCAGCAAUGGGAUUACAUACAAGAAGGUAAUAGCACAUACAAAGACAUGGAUCGGAUGGUUGCAUUUCGCAAAGCAUUGAUGACAUGGGCGAAGUGGGUGGACUCAGAUGUAGACACGAUUAAAACUAGAGUCAUCUUUCAAGGAAUUUCGCCCUCUCACUACAACGGGACAGAUUGGCAAGAGCCAGGAGUGAAGGACUGCUCGAAGGAGAAGCUACCGAUGACUGGAUCAACAUACCCACCCGGGUUGCCAGCUGCAGCAUAUGUGGUGAAAGAAGUGAUAAGUAGCAUCAGAAAGCCUGCUCAUUUGCUAGAUAUUACCACUCUUUCUCAGCUGAGGAAAGAUGCACAUCCUAGCAUUUACAGUGGUCUCAAGGUUAUGGACUGCACACACUGGUGUAUUGCAGGACUUCCAGAUACAUGGAACGAACUCCUAUCCGUGGCGCUCGCUGCUUGAACAGAAAUACAAUUGAAACGUGAGAACAGAGAUUAGAUGAUGGAGUCAGGAGUAGCCAGAUUGAUCCGAUACAUCGAUAGGAUGAAUAUGUCACUCUCGAAAUAAGAAUAAUGCUCAUUGUUUUUUGUAUUAAGGACAAAAAAGUCAUGUCAUUACUUUCAUUUUUGCAAGUCAUAACUUUGUCUAAGUAGAGGAGUGGUGCCACAAUAUUGGCAAAAAGAAUGGUGACAGUAAGACCUUCGUACUCAUUUAUCGAAUAAGAGAUCACUUUGAAUAGGGAGUA